AUGCUGAGACUAGAUGACAAUGUAAGGAGGUGUGCCUACUCAGUUAGCAAGCUUACUUCUUCUCUGAGCCUCGAGCAUGGGAAGACUGGUAAUGAUGGAGGAUUCAAAAAGGCCGAACUUCAGCGGAUCUUUCGGGCCAGAACACUAUUUGCGGUUAGCUUCAUGCAUGCCCCUCAUGAAGAUGACGACGUACGCGUACUGGUUGUAGAAGCUGGCGCGGACAAGAGCGCCGAUCCCCUCGUCCUUACCCCCGGUCUCGUGGCUGGUCUGUACGGUAAGGAAGAGUAUGACUGGAACUUCACUUCAGUCCCCCAGGGCAUCUUGGAUACCUGGGCCGCUCUCGGCAACGAAGGGUGGGACUUUGAUACUCUGGCGCCGUACUUCCGCAAGUUCGGCACUGACCACCCGCCUCCCCAGUCUGCGAAGGACGCCGUCGGGCUGGCUUACCAUGACGCGAAAUUGAACGGAAAGGGGCCGGUCCACGUGUCUUACGGAGAGGGUUACAAUACCAUGAAUGCGGCUUGGAUGCGGACCUUUGAUGAGCUCGGCCUCGGCAUGACUGGCGAUCCACGAAGCGGCAAGGCUUUCGGUGCUUUCCAAAACCCCUGCAGCAUCGAUCCGGAAACCAAGACUCGGAGUUUCUCCGCAACCGCAUACUACACCCCGGAGGUCGCCAACAGACCCAAUCUCGUGGUCCUGACUGAAACUCUGGUAAAGAAGGUCAAUUUCAGCAACAGUGACGGCGACGUCUCGGCGACGGGAGUGCAGAUUGUUACCAGAGACGGACAGGAGAAGACCGUGUCAGCUAGAGUCGAAGUUGUGCUUUCGGCCGGGACUUUCCACACAGCACAACUACUGGAGCUGUCUGGUGUCGGGCGCAGAGAGCUGCUCGAGAGCCACGGCAUCCCCGUUGUGAUCGACAACCCCAACGUGGGAGAGAACGUUCAAGACCACCCGAUCGUCUGCCAGAGCUUCGAGGUCAACGACGGAGUGCCAUCUGGCGACGUCCUACGAGAUGGCAACGUGCUAAACACCGUUGUCGGUCAGUAUCAGGCCACGCGCGAAGGACCUAUGGGUCAGAGCACGAUUAGCAGUGCCUACCUGCCAGUUGCCGAUCACAAUGGUCUCUUGUCAAAAGACGAGAAGAGAUCCAUUUUUGAUGCCCACGAGACACAGUCAAGCAGCAGCACGUCUGAAAAGCUCAUCCGAUCUCUCAUCGAGUCGUCCGACGAACCGAGCAGCCAGUAUCUCCUCUUCCCAUCGCAGAUCACCAUCAAUGACCAUCCGGCCAACGUGGCCGAGUACGUCAUCCCCACUCGCCCAGAGAACUAUAUCACCAUCAUGACGAUACUCAACCAUCCGUUCUCCCGCGGCACAGUCCAUAUUACGAGCCCCGAUGUUGCGGUAUUGCCAGAGUGGGAUCCAAAGUUCAACUCCAACCCCCUCGACCUGGAGCUUCUGGCUCGCAAUGUGCAGUUCGUCGAGAAGAUCGUCGGCACCGAGCCCUUCAGCUCGUUGUUGAAGCCCGGCGGCAAACGCCUACCAGACUUGAAAGGGGACGACCUGGAGGACGCCAAGGAGAUUGUACGCCAGAGACAAAUCUCCGUGUUCCACGUUUCAGGCAGCUGCGCGAUGCUGCCGCGCGGAAAGGGCGGCGUCGUCGACGAGCGGCUUCGCGUACACGGCGUGAGGAAUGUUCGCGUCGUCGAUGCGAGUAUUUUCCCGGUCGAGCCCCUGGGCAACAUCCAGAGCACUGUAUAUGCGGUUGCGGAGAGGGCGGCGGAUAUGAUCAAGGAGGAUCGUAGGGCAGGAGAAGAGCCGAGCUGGGCCCCAUAA